AUGGAUAAAGGAAGUUUUAGUAAAUUGGAAUUUGUUGCUAAAAUGGCUCGGGUCAAUUAUAACAAAUCCAUCAUAUUUGCCACAUCGAUCGAAUCUAACAAAUCUACUCAAGAAUCCUUAUAUACCAGAUUUACCAUGACAUAUAAGGUUGAUAUAGAAGAGAGAGUGGAAAUGACAUUUGAAGACAACUCGAUCAGAGUUCACCUCUCAACUCUUGAAAAUCCUGAUAAAAUGUCUCGCGUUAAUAAUCCUCGAUUAUUAAAAGUCUAA